GUCCAGCCUCACUUUAUGUCUCAUCUCUGUCAGGAGUUAACGUCCAUCAUCAGAUGCUGUCUGGUGGAGGCUGAGAAACGUCAGAUGGCAUCGUUGUCCUUCCCAGCCAUCGGGACAGGAAACCUGAGCUUCCCCAGAGCCCUGGUGUCCAAACUCCUGCUGAGGGAGAUCCGCUCGUUCAGCAGCAGCAGAAAUCCUCGCUGUCUGAGAGAGGUGGUGAUCGUCGUUCACCCCAGUGACAGCCAAACCGUGGAUUGUUUCACCCAAGAGUUCACCGGUCAGAGGAACGUCCAGCAUGAGCGGCAUGAUUUUAAUGAGCUACCAGUUCAACAGCCUGUCAGCCAAUCACAACACUCCUCAGACACUUUUGGCCCAGUCUUGUCCACCUCCCUCGGUGUGUACCAGAUGCAGAUGGGUCAGCUCGCCUUAGAGGUGUCGUCAGGUGACAUCACCAAAGAGACCAGUGAUGUCAUUGUCAACUCGUCCAAUCAGACCUUUAACCUUAAAGCAGGAGUGUCGAAGGCGAUCUUGGACGGCGCUGGAAUAACAGUGGAGCGAGAGUGUGCGCAGUUCGUGAGCUCCAUGACUCAGCCUCAUGCAAUGAUCCUGACGUCAGCCGGGCAGCUGCCCAGCAGGAACAUCAUCCACAUCGUCGGGCAGAACGACCCUGGAAACAUUAAAGACAUGGUUUACUCAGUGCUGAAGUUCUGUGAGGAGAACAAGUUCAGCUCUGUGGCCUUCCCAGCCCUGGGAACAGGUCAGGGAGGGGCCAGCCCUUCAGCGGUGGCUGACGCCAUGGUGGAUGCAGUGGUGGAGUUUGUGAGGAAGAAACAGCCGAGGUUUGUUCAGAGCGUGAAGAUCCUGAUCUUCCAGACGGCCAUGCUGAACCACUUCCACAUGAGCAUGAAGAAGAGACAGGGAGAGACGGUGGAGGAGAAGAGCGUCUUUGGCAAAUUCAAAGAAUCAUUCCGCCAGUUCAUGUCAGGUCUGGUAUCCGGGUCGGAUCAGUCCAGCUCUGUUGACUUAGUUCUGGAGAAGGAAGAGUUUGAGCCCACAGUGUUUCAGCUGUGUGCCGACGACAAUAAGGCUUUGAGUGAGGCCAAGAAAAGGAUAAAUGACCUGAUUGUUGCUGAGCAGGCACAGAAAACCAUCUCUGACCCGUUCAUUAGUCAGAUGUCACAGGCUGACAUGGAGGAGCUGAAGGCUCUGCAGAGGAAACUGACGGUCAGCAUCCGUCUGGACAAAGGAGCAGAGGACCAGGACCCCAAGAUCCACCUGGAGGGUCUGACCAGAGAUGUGUUCACUGCUGAGUCUGCACUUAGGGACAUCAUCCGGAAGGUGGAGAGGGCAGAGAACUCAAAGACACAGGCUUUGUUAGUGAGUAGUCUGGUAGAGUGGCAGUAUCCAAACCACAGUGGUUCAAUGGUGCCGUUUGACAUUUACACCAACCUCAAACUGGAGGAGGCUCUAGAGAAGAAACAAAAGGUGAAGAUCAAGAUCAACAAUGAAAUGUACACCGCUGAUCCAGGACUUAGAAAAGCAGUUUCAGCAAAGAGGCCUCCUAUGGAGCUCUUUCGGAAAGACAUGAAGGAUGACACUGCUCUGCCUCUGCCUUCUUGUUGGGAGGACAUGAAAGGAGACCUUGUGAAGUUGUUUGCUUUGACUCAAGGAUCUCAGGAAUACAACGACGUGGAGCAGGAACUGACAAAGAAUCGACUUCGUGUUAACAUCAUCAGUGUAUGUUCAGUCCCAAAUACACGGAGCAGACUGUAGGACUGUGACGGUUAAAUCUGGGCCAGUAAAAUUAAAGUCUCAGCUUUCAUUUUGUUUUUCAUACGCUGUAAAAAAAGAUGUAGAUACCUGCUAAUUUAUGUCUGUGUAGGUUUUCAUUCAUCUGUUCUAACAGGCUCCAGUCAAAGAUCUUCAGUUCAGUGUUAGAACAUUUAACAGAACUGCAGCCAUAUUAUCUGUCAGAUAAGAGGACGAGGCUCCAAAAAGCUCCAACUG